AUGAGACCCAUCGCCCUCGUCAGCAUCCUCCUCCUAGGGGUCUUCGCCCCGGAGGCCGCCCCCGCCGCCGUCCCUCCCCCGAAGGACCCCCACGCCAAGGUCGCCGGCGCCCCGCGGUCGGGGUGGCCCUACUUCCAGCACCCGGUCUGCCGGCUGUACGCCUACGGCUUCUUCGGGCGGCACCACGUCAUCGCCGCGUCCGGGGUGCGGGACAUACCCCAGAUGUGCAGCCAGCUCUGGGCGAACCUACGCGAGUUCGACGGCUGCCGGCUGCUGACCAAGGCGCACUGCGGCGGCACGGACGGCUACCUCCAGUGGCGGUUCCAGGGGUGGAUGUCGUGCAACCUGGGGAUGGUGUCGUCGGCGUGGUUCGACGCGACGGGCCAGGCGCUGGGGAUCCUGGACUGCGCUGGGAAGCAGCCCGAUGUGCAGCCCGAGGACGAGGAGGACUAG